UAAAAGUUCCCUACGAUGGAAAAGGCACGUUCAUUGUUCUUUUUCUCUACAGAAAGUACUCCAAGUUGGACGAGUACACCAUACAGUAAUAAGAAAGUAUAUGGAAUAAUUGGUGGGUCAUACACCUUUGUAUGGCAGUAUAAUGAAAAUGGCUCACCAUUGAACCAUGGCCAGUGGUCUAAAAUUGCAAUGAGUAAUGAUGAUCCACCCAAAGAGAUCCAAAAAGCAAUAGGUCAACGCAGCACUAGUGGGUCAUCAACUACAAUUGCUCCAGAUUUUCAGAGCAGAGUCACUUUCACAUCGGGUGUUUCAGAAGCAGGUUUUGAAAUCAGACAACUGACGUCUGCCGAUAAUGCAAAGUUCACCUGCCAGCUAACUUUUGAUAAUUUUGAUGUGCUAGCUGAUUCGGCAGAACUUGUUGUUGUAGUUCCACCCAUCAUUACCAAUAAACUCACAGCACCCCAGACCAUUAAUGAAGGACAGACGUUUAAUCUACCUUGUGCUGCAACUGGGAAUCCACUGCCAAUAAUACGAUGGUUAAGAAAUGGUAUUGAAGUGCAGUACCUUCAUGAUCAUUCUGGUUACAACAUCACUGAUGCUGGCAAGAAGGAUAAAGGGUUGUAUCGAUGUGAAGCUAUAGUCACAGGAGGAAGUAUUGUGAGGACUGCUUAUUAUGAAGUGAACAUCAGUGUUAGAUAUCCGCCCAGGCAAGUAACUGUCGUUUUCAAACCUAGCAAUCCUAUAAACAUCUCUGAGACAGUAACGGUUGUCUGCGAGUCAGAUGGUAUGCCCCUCCCUACCUUCACCUGGCAGUUUAAUGGAGUAGCUAUUCCUGGGAGUGGUGAAAGAAAUAAAGAAAUAAGGCAACCUAGUAUCACUAAGGAACAAGGAGGAAACUACACCUGUCUUGCAAAGAAUGCUCAUGGCAGCAAGAAGAACAGCAAAAUUCUUAACAUAAGAUUUAAGCCAACACAAGCUAUAUUCAGCACAGGGAUGCCAAACACUGGAGCUGUGAUGGCCUCUCAAGCGACAUUAGCAUGUAAAGCUGAUGGCUAUCCUCCUCCACAAUACAUUCUUAAAAAAGAAGGUUUUGUGGUAUCUGGACAACAAGGCAUUUACUCAUUCAAAUCAGUAAACCUUAAUGAUGAAAAUAUAAAGUUUACUUGUACACCAUACAACAUGAUGGGACAAGGACCAGAGAUUGAGGGUAGUAUAACCGUACUGGUUUCUCCAUCUUUUAUGUCAAAUCUUCCUACUACCAAGCAAGUGAAAGCUGAAAAUGAGACCAUAAACUACACCUGUAUAGCAGAWGCCAAACCUGCAGCUCAAGUGUUAUGGACCAUUAAUAACGAGAAUAAUGUUACAGAGAACACAACAUACCUUGUUCUUCAAUGCCUUUAUGUUGUCAAUAUAACAUAUAAAGAUGCUGGAAAAUAUAUCUGCUCUGCAAAAAACGAGCUGAACAUUGAUAGAACAGAGGUGACUCUUGUUGUACAAGUGAAACCAAUUAUUACAUCUAACAAACCAACCGACACACAAAUAGCUGGUGAAAUAGGCCAGGACACUUCAAUACGUUGUGURGUAAAGGCCAUACCCUAUGCUACAAUAUGGUGGACCAGAGGUAGUGAAUCUGCUAUCCUGGAUGCUCGAAGUGAUCGUGUUAAAUCGCUCAAUAUUGGAGACUCUGAGAUGACACUUAUAAUAACAGUCUCAUAUUUUAAUGAGAAGUAUUUCUGCCAUGCUAAGAAUAUCCUGGGRUAUGUUUCGCAGGAAUUCACUAUCAGAAAAAAAGAAAGUGCUCCAAGUUGGACGAGUACGCCAUACAGUAAUAAGAAAGUAUAUGAAAUAACUGGUGGGUCAUACAGCUUUGUAUGGCGGUAUAAUGAAAAUGGCUCACCGUUGAACCAUGGCCAGUGGUCUAAAAUUACAAUGAGUAAUGAUGAUCCACCCAAAGAGAUCCAAAAAGCAAUAGGUCAACGCAGCACUAGUGGGUCAUCAACUACAAUUGCUCCAGAUUUUCAGAGUAGAGUCACUUUCACAUCGGGUGAUUCAGAAGCAGGUUUUGAAAUCAGACAACUGACGUCUGCCGAUAAUGCAAAGUUUACCUGCCAGCUAACUUUUGAUAAUUUUGAUGUGCUAGCUGAUUCGGCAGAACUUGUGGUUGUAGUUCCRCCCAUCAUUACCAAUAAACUCACAGCACCCCAGACCAUUAAUGAAGGACAGACGUUUAAUCUACCUUGUGCUGCAACUGGGAAUCCACUGCCAAAAAUACGAUGGUUAAGAAAUGGUAUUGAAGUGCAGUACCUUCAUGAUCAUUYUGGUUACAACAUCACUGAUGCUGGCAAGAAGGAUAAAGGGUUGUAUCGAUGUGAAGCUAUAGUCACAGGAGGAAGUAUUGUGAGGACUGCUUAUUAUGAAGUGAACAUCAUUGUUAGAUAUAAACCAGAGGUCACUUUCAUAACAGGAAAUGUGUCUUUUACUGAAAGCCUURAUGUUGAAAUCGAAUGUACAGCAGUUGGCGAACCUCCUGUAACAAGAUACCACUGGUACAAAGGAAUUGGAACUUCACCAGGGGAUAAAAUUUCUGAUGGAGGCAAAUACAUUCUUACUGGCAAUAAAAUGACGAUCAAGACUCUUAAUAAACAUGACACUAGCUGGUAUACUUGUGCUGCAGAGAAUGACGUUGGGAUAGGACAUGGAAAAUCGACUUACGUAAAAACAUUGUACCUAGUAUCACUAAGGAACAAGGAGGAAACUACACCUGUCUUGCAAAGAAUGCUCAUGGCAGCAAGGAGGACACUCAAAUUCUUUACACAAGAUUUAAGCCAACACAAGCUAUAUUCAGCACAGGGAUGCCAAACACUGGAGCUGUGAAGGGCUCUCCAGUGACAUUAGCAUGUAAAGCUGAUGGCUAUCCUCCUCCACAAUACAUUCUUAAGAAAGAUGGUGUUAAGGUAUCUGGACAACAAGGCAUUUACUCAUUCUCAUCAGUAAAACUUGAUGAUGAAGAAAUAAAGUUUACUUGUACACCAUACAACAUGAUGGGACAAGGACCAGAGACUGAGGGUCGUAUAACUGUACUGGUUACUCCAUCUUUUAUGUCAAAUCUUCCAAAUACCAAGCAAGUGAAAGCUGAAAAUGAGACCAUAAACUACACCUGUACAGCAGAAGCCAAACCUGCAGCUCAAGUGUUAUGGACCAUUAAUAACGAGAAUAAUGUUACAGAGAACACAACAUACCUUGGUACAGUGUUCACCUUCAGCACAGUCAGCUCAUCAAAUGUCAAAUAUCAAAAGACAGAAAGCACCCUUGUUCUUAAUCCUGUUAACUGGAGAAUGGCAGGGACUAUUAGCUGUAUUGCAUACAAUGAUGCUGGACAGAGUAAACAGGACACUAUGCUAGAAGUGUUGCAUCGCCCAGUUGUCAUGCUUCCUGAGGACCAUCCACAGAACAGCACAUUAAACGCAGGACAGACAGUGACAUUUACUUGUAAAGCCACAGGAAACCCACCUACAACUAGUUAUGUAUGGAGGUUCAAAGAUGCAAUCAUUCCUGGUGAAGUCUUGCCAACAUUUUCCAAGGCAAACAUCGACAAAGAUGAUGAAGGAAGAUAUUCCUGCAGUGGUGUUAAUAGCCGUGGCGAAGGACCUCAAGCUUAUGCUUAUUUGUUUAUAAAAACUCCAGCAAAAAUCUACUAUGCACCACAGUCAACAGCAAACGYUACUGGUUCAGCUGUACUAGAAUGUCGUGCAAAUGGUGUUCCUAAACCUAAUAUAACCUGGACAAGAAAGRAUAGUAAUAUAAUCUUGCAUAAAGGAGAGAGGUUCAGAAUUGUCAAUGUAACRUAUGAAGAUGCUGGAAAAUAUAUCUGCUCUGCAAAAAAUGAGCUGAACAUUGAUAGAGAAGAGGUGACUCUUGUUAUACAAGUGAAACCAAWUAUUACAUCUAAYAAACCAACCGACACACAAAUAGCUGGUGAAAUAGGCCAGGACACUUCAAUACGUUGUGUGGUAAAGGCCAUACCCUAUGCUACGAUAUGGUGGACCAGAGGUAGUGAAUCUGCUAUCCUGGAUGCUCGAAGUGAUCGUGUUAAAUCACUCAAUAUUGGAGACUCUGAGAUGACACUUAUAAUAACAGUCUCAUAUUUUAAUGAGAAGUAUUUCUGCCAUGCUAAGAAUCUCCUGGGAUAUGUUUCRCAGGAAUUCACUAUCAGGAAAAAAGGUGCCCCAGAUGCCCCACAAGACCUUAUCGUCACAGGCAUCAGAGUACCAAAGAAGAGAACAGUGGACGUGAACCUUACAUGGACGCCUGGUUACGCUGGUGGUGAGCAGCAGUUUUUUACUGUUCUGUACAAGCUAAACAGUGCCGAAGCUGAAGUAUUCACAGAAGUAGUGAUCGACAAUGCUGAAGGAGCACAGUACAUUAUUAAGGAUCUGAAACCUUAUACUAGUUAUGUCUUCAAAGUAAGACCUAGGAAUUCUAAAGGCCUUGGACCAGAAUCAAAACAAGUGUUCUUUACCACGCCAGCAUCAAUGGUUCCUCCAGCAAGAGGCACAGUAUCCAUCAAAAGACUAAAAGACGGAACACAGUUUGAAAUAAGUUGGACCAUGAAUGAGAAUGUUACCAACACGUACCUUCAGUACCGUGAAGUAGACGUACGAGCGCGUCGUGAAGACGUUCGCUGGAAUGACGUCAUUGGUGCACAGGGUCUUCCUCGUAACGUUACCAAGUUCCUUGUUGUCAACCUAGAUGCCGACAAGACAUACCAGUUUAGAAUACUCUUCAAGGAGGCUGAUGAGAGUGGAUUCAAUGACGCUAUGGUAGUCGAGUCAGAUAUAAUAUACCCUGUCGUCAAACCAGCCGAACAAACAGGUCUAAAAGAGCAUGAACUGAUAGCCAUCAUUGCUGCUUGUGCUGGGUUUCUUCUCAUUCUAAUCGUUAUUCUCUGUCUUUGUUGCUGCAUGAAACGCAAGAAGCCUUACGGAGCUGAUUCUGUACAGAUGUCACAGGCUGCCAGUGCCCCCAACCUUUUUAGUUAUGGUGACACCGAUGACAAUGGCCGUCGUAGCUAUGUAACUGAGUCCAUUGAAGACGAUCCCUUUAUCGAAGCGCACAUUGCAAAUGAGAUGAAAAAGAAAAAGAGGCCAAGUGAGAAUGGAAUCAACCAUGGUUAUGCGUCUCAAGGAUCAAUGCGACAUCCCGAAAUGCUUCUUAAUCCAGGAUCCCGAYCCGGGAUGCGGGGAAUAAGUCAGAGCCAACCCCUGCUCGAUGCCAGGGGAAGCUACUCAUCCGGCGGUCCUCGGAGAGACUUCUCUACCUUACCGUCGUACCACGAGCCACCCACCUUUGAAGAAGCCGUGCGACAGUCGGUGAAGAAAUCCAAACAAGCGUUGUCUACUGGAGAUCUGACAGGAAAUAGAGUAGGCCCACCGUACAGCCGUUCAAGACCCAUAUCGCCUUCUGACAGUGAUUCGACAAGUGAUGCGGAGCCGUUAAGCAGGCAUCCAAUGUUUAAAGUCAGGCCAAUAGAUGAAGCUAUUGAUCCUAGAUACAAGUCGGCUCCUUCUUUACAGUCUCCUAUGGAGAGUCCUGUACGACGUCCACCCGUAGUGUACCCUCGACCACAAAGGAAAGUAUACGAUGAUUAUCCGGUAGACAUGUUUGGUUCUCCUCCAUUGGACUUCAUGGAUCCGCAAGACGAUCACUACCACGAGGCGCACGAGGCUGAAACAGGAUGGCCACCCCCACAGUAUACUCCAGACGACCGUGACAUACCAGGAAUGGAAGAUGGCUAUGAAGCACGUGUCAAUAAACGAAGGCCUAUAUCUGGUGAUAUUUUGGAGCUCGAGGACUAUCCAUACAAUGGGCGCGAUAACCUUCCAGACCUACCACCACGCAUGCCUGAACUAUCAAAUGGUCGAGGAACAAUGUACAAGGAACCUAUAGGUGAGACUCUUCCCGAGCCGCCUUCAUUCCUGCGUGAUGUGGGAUACGAUGAUGAUGAAGAUGAAGUAGACUCUGCACCAUAUCAUCCACGGUCUUUCACAGAACCUAGAAAUAGAGGCAGACAGCCUUAUAUGAAUAUACACGRUCAAUUAGUAAGGCCAGGUUCCCCAGGGCGUGAACGGGCCGUCAACGCCUAUGGAACUGAACGACGUGAACCAAUCUACGCGAAUGAUGCGCCCCGGUUGGUCGCACCCGAACCCGAAGUACCUGUCAAUCAACGUAGAAAUCGAGCUCCAUCCGCUGACAGCAGCGAAACAGAUCACAAACCUGGUUACGUCAGUAGUGGAUUUCUAGUUUAAUGUCACGUGGCCAUUAAUAAGGAAAUCAGUUGUCAUGGGGACAGUUGCUGUGCAUCUGUCGCCACGCUGGAGGGAAUUAUAAUGGAGUUUCUUGAAGAGGGACGGUAAGAAKAACACAAUCCACUCGUCUAUGGAUGCACUUCGCCUCUGUCAUACUCAUAGGUUUUAGGUAGCUUUUAUCGAUAUUCUCUUUCGUAAAGAGUAGCUGCGUUAAAUGUUAGCAUCGUAAAAGCGACAGCGUAUUUUUAACUUUGUACACUGUAAAUUUAAUUCUGUACAAAGCGUUGUCCUAGGAUAGUCGCAUUUUCUUAUAUAUCUCUGUAUACAGUCGUUGCAUUAUCAAGGCGUGGCUGAGGAGUCGUGCAAAUUAGUAUUUCCCAUCCCAUUACCACAGGGUAUGCAGCGCCUCCUCACUGCAGUGCGCAUUCACCACAGGGUAUGCGCGCCUCCUCACUGCAGUGCGUGUUACCGCAUGGUAUGCAUGCGCAUCCUCAGUGCAGUGCGCAUUCACCACAGAGUAUGCGUGCGCAUCCUCAUUGCAGAUACAAUACUGCAAGAGCARAGGAUAUAAGCCUUCCUUAUUAUCUUUUUUCUUCUUUUUUUUCUUACUUUUGAACAGGCCGGUUUACGUCUUAGUCGUUCAGCUUAUAUACGACAUAAGCUUCCUGCUCUAUUUAAAUGAAACGAAUAUACCUAUAAUGUAAAAAGUUAAGUUAAUGAUGCAAGUAAAUUAGCCUGUCAAAACUGAGAAAAAGGACACAUGUAUAAAUUUUGUUUUUUAAAAAGUUUUUAACGAUUUUUGCAUCAGUAAAUGAUUUCUUCUCAAUGAAAAAAUUCUUGUAGCCUCGCUCUAAGCGGGAAAAAUGCGCCUCAAAAACAAAACAAAACAAAAACACGAAAUUUGAGUGAUUGUAUCGCGUAUAAAUAGUUUUAAUAUUCCAGUCAUAUAAAAUAACGAUUUGUUGAUGCUUUGCUAUAGUUUUAGUUUGUUCCUUAGAUAUAUAUGUUGAAGUAUAUAUGUUGAAGUGUUUUAAUACCAUUAUAACCAAAGUAGUAUAGUUUGUUCGAAAAAUUCUACCAGGGCCCUCUCGAUUUUCAAGACCGUAGAUUGGUUUAAAUCCCUGGGUUUGAGGUCCAAACGUCAAUCAAACUUACAGGAACCAGUCAUGAUGCUUUACGCCAACUAGACUUAGUUUUAAAAUAUAAAGCAAAAGAAAAAAAUAUUUUGAUUGAACACUGUUGAUUCUUAAAUACGUGACAGCUGUCAGUCAAAUAUUGUGACGUCAUGCGGUUGCUUGUCUUCGAUUGGCUGAUUAAAAAUCUGAUAGAUGACCUAAUAAGGUGUAUAUUUUAACGUUCUUAAUAUUAGGAUAAUAUUUUUAUAAGAAUUUUUAAUUGAUUAAUUAAUCUUAAUUAAUUAAUUAAAUUUUAAAAAUCCAAAUUUGCAGACGAUAAGAUUUAAAGUGUAGCGAAUAAAUAUUGGUUCAUAUGAUGA